CGAUACGAAGUGAAAUUAACAAAUUAAUUGCAUUAACAUAAAAUUGUUUUAUGAAUGUGGCGCUUGGCGGCUGGAAUCGAGCCAGAAUCUUCGAGCGGCUUUCGGCAAAAACCCUUGAGUCUGAAUGAGGAGUUCCGCUGGCAGAGAUUUGGCCUACAACAUCAUUCACCCCAGGACUUUCUUCGAUCGCAGUGGCAGUCGAAACCGAAAUCUCCAUAUUUUCUAACCUAUCGCUGGCUUUUAGCCGGCUUCUUUGGCACUGGCGUUGUUAGUUAUACAAUUAAGUACUAUCACAACGGACUUUGUUUCAUCUAUUUGACCAACUGGGGAUUCAUCUUGUGCGGCAUUACGAGCCUUUUUGGUGCCAUACUAGUGUCAGUCUAUCACUGCAAACCGGAGACGUGGGUUCCACCCAGCUGUUUGAUCAAGACUUAUUGGGCCUGCUACUGGACUAAUUUGCCACUGACUUGUUUGAUUGCAAUUACUUACUGGUGGACCAUUUAUCCCAACGAUCGGUUGCCAACCAAUUUGGCUAGGGUAUCCGAUCUCUAUAACAUAUGGACACACUUAUUGCCGCCAAUUUUGUUCACAAUCGAUCAUUUUCUAGUGGCGCAGCCAGCACGUCUGCUGCACUUUGUCUAUCCAGUGGCCUUCUGCUUGUCUUACGGCGUUUUCACUUUUAUAUAUUAUUCACUGGGUGGCCGUAACAUAAACGGAAUGCACUAUAUAUAUUCUUUUCUGGACUAUAAAAAGCCGAAAAUAGUUUGUGGAACCGUGGCAGGACUGAGCUUGAUGAUGGUGUCCUUGUGCACCCUGCAAUAUGUAGGCUAUCGGCUAAGGACUUUCAUAGCACGCAAGUGGGGAAAACUUCAGUGAUGAUACCCUAAUAAUUGCAUUUGAAUGAGGCGUGUAAAAAAUUUUAAAAUACAAAUAAAAGCAAUGUAG